AUGUCCCUGCCUAGCCUGGACCACUUCAACUUCCGAGAGUACGACCAUUUCUACGAGCCAGCGGAGGACACCUAUCUCUUGAUCGAUGCCCUGCAGGCUGAUGCGGACCUAUUGCGGUACAGCGUCCGACCAAGGGUGUGCUUGGAGAUAGGGUAA